GCCGAGCGAGCGGACGCAGCGGAGCCCGUGGCAGAGGGAGGGCAGGCAUGGCCCUGAACGGCGGGGGAAACCCCUUCGAGGGGGACCCGGGGAAUCCCUUCCAGGACCCUGCCAUCACCCAGCACAGACCGAGCUCGGAAUACGCCACCUUGGAUGUCUACAAUCCGUUUGAAAACCCUGGGCAGCGUCCCCCGCCUCCGUAUGAGUCCCGGCCCUCAGCUGCUGUGCCAGCCCCGCCAGCUCCUGCUUUACAACCCCCCAGGAAAGCAAGCCCCACAGAGCCCAGGAAUUACGGCUCCUACGGAACUCAGGAGUCAGCUGCAGCAACCACCGCGGAACUUCUGAAACGCCAGGAGGAGUUGAACCGCAAAGCCGAGGAGCUGGACCGGAGGGAACGCGAGCUGCAAAACGCUGCCGCGGGUGGCACUGCGGCUCGACAGAAUAACUGGCCCCCACUGCCCUCCUUCUGCCCCGUGAAGCCCUGUUUCUAUCAGGAUAUUUCGGUGGAGAUUCCUGUAGAGUCCCAGAAGACUGUCACCACCAUGUACUACCUCUGGAUGGCCAGCACUGUGACCCUCUACUUCAACUUCCUGGCCUUGCUGGCCUGGUUCUGCGUGUACAGCGAGGGCGGCUCUGGUUUCGGCCUCUCCAUUCUCUGGGCUUUGCUUUUCACCCCCUGCUCCUUUUUGUGUUGGUAUCGGCCCAUGUACAAGGCCUUCAGGAGCGACAGUUCUUUCAACUUCUUCGUCUUCUUCUUCAUCUUCUUUACACAGGACGUGGUGUAUGUUAUCCAGUGCAUCGGCAUCCCCGGCUCAGGGUUCAGUGGCUGGAUUGUGAGUCUCUCGGCGCUGAAGGUGAAUACUGGCGUGGCCAUUCUCAUGAUGCUCGUAGCCACGCUCUUCACGGCGGUCGCGGUGCUGGGUGUCGUCAUGCUGAAGCGGAUCCAUUCCCUCUAUCGCCGCACAGGAGCCAGCUUCCAGAAGGCCCAGGAGGAAUUCGCAGCCGGCGUUUUCUCCAACCCGACAGUGCGCACGGCGGCCACCAAUGCAGCGGCUGGAGCAGCAAGCAGUGCCUUCCGUGCCCCGUAGAAGUUUGAGGCAGAAAUCAGCGGCUGCUCUUCCCCGCGCCCUGUCCUGCGCGGGGCAGCUUUCGUGGAAGCAGAAACUGAGUUGCGCGUUCUUUUGCUGUCGUCGGAAUCUUUCCCUGUGCUGAUUAGAACGCUGCCCCCCCCGCCCCCUCCAGUUUCAGCAUGGGAUCCGCACUGCCCCCUCUUCUACAUUCUUCCCGGCGAAAAACUUCCCCUCUUCUUUCCCAGCCCCAGAAUUGAAGGCACGGGGUGGGGCCAUGUUGUCUUUCCAGGUGAUGUGGAGUGUUGAGAUCUGUGCUCGCUCCCAUCCUGUCUUCCCAGCUGAGGUCAGGUGAGGAGAAGAGGCAGGAACCUUAAUCUGUCCCCUCUCCCUUCCCACGCCCUCCAAUUUCACGGGUUGCAUUCGAGCGGUAGCCACGUGCGGCUGGCUGGGGGGGGGGGGCCUUCAUCUCCCGCAGCCCUCUUUCAACUUUUUGUGCCACCUCCCCUUCCCUGCCAAGCGUUCCCUAGCAUGACCUCCUGUACCUUGGGUGGCUGUUCAACAGGCUGAAAUUCAGCCAGUGCUUCUCUUUUCGUGGCACGCCCCUGCAGAGACGAGGCGAACCCUUGUGGGAUGCAUGCCCGUCGUGCAGCCGUUCCUGGUGCCGGAGACUUUCUGCCCAGGAGCUAUUUUGCAUCAGAAUCUUUAUUUUUUUGCUCCACGUACGAAGAGGGGGAGCAGUGGUUUUAUGGUCCCGAUUCUCUACGAAUCGUGCUAUUCUUGGAUGCCUGUAGCUAUACCCCAUUCCUGUCGACUUCCCUUCACCAGGUGUGUGGUGCUUUCAGCCACCACCAGGAGGCAGUAUUGGUCUGCUGUCAACCUUAAUUUGGUGCCAGCAUAAUAUGCCAGGGUGUGUGUGUGGCAUGAUUGUUCUGUGUAAUGCCCAACUCUGAGACAGGUUUUUCUUGCCUGUCCUUGUCUGUUGUCUUUGUCAGCCUUCUGUGUCACCAUGUCCUGUGGAGGUGGGGGUGUAAGGGGGCUCUCAGCAUUUGAUCUCUCUGCGCUCCCCCCUUUUGCAUCUCUCUGUGACGUUCAAUGUCGCUUUUGUCCAUAACAUUUUGCCUUACCGUCAUGCGCAGUGUCUUCCUUUUCUUUUAAGGCAGCUGGUUGUUGCCCAGCCACUAACAGGGUAUUUCCUCUUUCACCUCCCCCCCGCCCCAUAUUUUGCAUCUGUGCUUUAUUCAGUGUUUAAGAAGCAUUCUGAUAAAUUACUUUCUCUCUCUUACCCACAGUGACAUUUUUGGCAUUUAUGUACCCCUUUUGGGGGCGGGGGGAGAACCACAAAAAACGUUAUCCUAGAGCUAGCCUCUUCUGUCUGUGCCCCCCCCCCCCCGGUUGAACCGUAAAGCUGCUGUAGAUUGUUCCACCCCCCUUUUUGAAUAACUGCUGUCUUUCUCCUCUCUGCCACCUCUGUACAUAUGUGCACCCCUCCCCCAUUUUAAAAGAUUUGUGGCACUGGCAUGCCCCCCUCUGUGGAGGUCUCGGGUCCUCUGAUUUAGCAAAAAGGACCCCCUCCCACCCCUUUCACCUACCUGUUUAAAAUCUGUGUCCAGUCUCUCUGCUAUCAGCCUCAGUCAGCAGCCCCCCCUUCCUGGUUUGAACUUCCUGUCUGAUUUUAACUUCCUGUCAAGGGUUUGCUUAGUCCUGUGCUUCAUUCCAUUUGCCCCCGAACACUUACCGAACCCCUCAGCUUUGCUUUGUGUCCCCUUUCCCUUAACUGGAUCUGUACUUGACUUCUGAUCUCUUCCUGACUGACUUGAUGUCCCCUCCCCGGCCCCCCGCCCUCAAAACACGUCUGAUUUUUUUCUCAUUUCUUCGUUUUGUAAUGUAUGUUGUGGGGGGGGGCUGCAUUUAUUUUAUUUUUCUUUUGCUGUGCCAAAUGCAAAACUACUUAAUGGGAUUUUAUUUAAGGAAUAAACUACAUUUUAAUUCA